AUGGCCGCCUUUCCGGAGAGGUGCGUGGACGCCACCGUGCUGGACUUCGUCGCGGACCUGUCCCUGGCCACCCCGGGGCACCCUCUCCUCUGCGACUUCGCACCUGGGGGUCCCUUUGGGGACCGAGACCUUGUGCUCCGCGAGGGAAGACGCAGGAGACUGGCACGCUUUGAGGAGGGUCCAGACGAGGAGGGCGAAGUAGACGAGGGGGAGGAGGAGGAGGAGGAAGAGGAGCCUGGAAGAGGCGCAUCCCUGCUGGGCCGUCCCAAGAGGAAAAGGGUGAUCACCUACGCCCAGCGCCAGGCAGCCAACAUCCGCGAGAGGAAACGGAUGUUCAACCUCAACGAGGCCUUCGACCAGCUGCGAAGGAAGGUGCCCACUUUUGCUUACGAGAAGAGGCUGUCCCGGAUCGAGACCUUACGCCUGGCCAUCGUCUACAUCUCCUUCAUGACCGAGCUCUUGGAGAGCUGCGCAAAGAAGGAAACCGGCUGAGUCGGGGUGGGAUGGAGGUGUCUGCCCUCUCCUCGUGGGCGGGGGGCUUGGGGUGCAUCAGGACCCAGCAGGGUGCG